CCCCUUGCUUAUGUUCUGUUUUUUUUUCAUUCACCGCUCAGCUGAUAAAGCGAAUUGUACUAGAGACUGAAUUCUUACGACACUCAAUCAAUAAUCAGUUUGCGUUUGUCUUGUUCUCGAUUUGGACGUGAAUGUUCUAUUUACAUUAGUUCUUUCGAUUUGGCUUUCGUUCGGAUCCGGGCAGAUUAAAAUGAGAUACGUUUUCGUGUUUUUGUUAUUUAUGUUAUUUUACUCCGUUCAUGGAACACUUUUUGGACAAGGACUCAAAUUUAUCAAGGACCUCAAGAGUAAACUGGGACGAAAUCGCGACUCAACGUAUGAACGAAAGAUUUCGCCCGUUAUCUUUGUUCCUGGAGAUGGCGGAAGCCAAAUGGAUGCGAUUAUCAACAAGCCUGAUACAGUUCACUUUUAUUGUCAGAAAACAACUAGUACAUACUUCAAUCUGUGGCUCAACAAGGAGUUACUUGUGCCAUUCGUUAUCGAUUGCUGGAUAGACAACAUACGAUUGGUGUACAACAAUGUUACACGUAAGACGCAAAAUGCACCCGGCGUUGAGACCCGAAUUCCCGGUUUCGGCUCGUCUGAGACAGUGGAGUGGAUCGACCCAUCUCACGCCAGUGUUGGGGCAUAUUUUGUAAACAUCGCCAACUCGCUCGUCCUGAACGGAUACAAGCGGGACGUUUCGAUUCGAGGAGCCCCUUAUGAUUUCCGAAAAGCGCCGAAUGAAAACAAGGACUGGUUUAUCAAAGUUAAACAUUUAGUCGAGGAGACAUACACUUUGAAUGGUGACGUUCCAAUAACGUUCAUUGUGCAUAGCAUGGGAGCUCCUAUGACGCUUCUCUUCCUGCAAAUGCAAAGUCAGCAAUGGAAAGACAAACACAUCCGACGAGUUAUUUCCCUGGCCGGUGCAUGGGGUGGAAGCGUUAAAGCCAUAAAAUGUUAUGCUAUUGGAGAUGAUCUAGGAGCGUUCGCACUUAGCGGGAAAGUACUUCGAACAGAGCAGAUUACCAACCCUUCCUUGGCUUGGCUCAUGCCAAAUCCUCUGCUGUGGAAACCCAAUGAAGUGAUGGUUCAAACACUGUCCAGAUCUUACACUUUGGAACAGAUGGAGGAUUUCUUCAAAGACAUCAAUUUUAUGGAUGGUUGGGAAAUGAGAAAAGAUACCAUUCCGUAUUCGCUCAAUUUUACGGCUCCUGGAGUCGAGUUGCACUGUUUGUAUGGAGUCGGAACUCCCACAGUCGAGAUGCUCAACUACGAAAAAUCGUACGAUUUGACGGGGAAACCAACAUUGGUGAAUGGUGACGGUGACGGUACGGUUAACAAGCGUUCACUGGAGGCUUGCAAACACUGGAGUGCAAAGCAGAAGCAACCGAUUUUUGUGCAAGAGUUCCAGGGUACAGAUCACAUGGCUAUUUUGGCGAAUUUGAAUGUGUUGGAUAGUAUUGUUAAGGUACUGGUGCAUGAUUAGGCUGAUGUUUGAGCAGAGAUAUGAAAUUAGUUGUGAAGCAUGCAUCACCUGCGUUACCUGACGAGAGUAUGAGACUAAUGAUCGGUAGAACGUUGAUUGGCUCUAUGAGACUAUCUUAUUUUUUCCGUAGAAAGUUUUCAAUUAUAGAAACAUCUAGCAACGUAAAAAAUUGUUCGCGGUAAAUGAUAGUUAAAUGAUAAUAAAUGAAAUCCUCUCUUGCAAA